AUGUGCAGUCAAGGGAAUCAAACAUCUCCGAAUGGUUCGAAGAAGUCGGCAAUAGGCUCCCCCAUCUUUCCUGAGCCUAGCUGCCCUGAUAUAUUGGCUGGGAAAGAUGACAAGUUUGCUAAAGCUCUUUCAGCACGAGAUAGGAGAAGCGCGAGGGUCGGAGCCAACGAGAGGCCAAAGAGCCCUCUUUACUUCAACGAUUCGACCAAAGGCCGAAUUCGCCUGGCAUUCAACGAGGUGGAGUCAGCUAUAGCGGCUCCAAAGAGAGGAGAGUUCCGGCGUAUUGCUCGUGCCAUUUCUUUAGGGGAGAUAUUUCCUCGCACUUAUGCGGGCUGCUUCCCAUGGUCUCCUUGA